GCCCGCAUGAUCAGACGUCAGUCCACCUUCGGCAACGACUGGAUCAUUGACUGCAUUGACUCUUGCACUGCUCUUGGCAACUGCGUUGGUACCGUCUACAACCGUGUCCAGGGGACUUGCACUUUCUACAGCAACAUCGAGUCUCUUUUCGCUGAUGCCAACACCGAUGCUGCCAUCAUCGUCAACGAGACCCCUGAUGCCACUCCCAUUGUCUCCACCUUGACCGUCACCGAUGCCGGUGUCACCCAGACCAUCACCACCACUCCCCUGACCACCAGCACCGUCUACUCGACCACCACCAAGACCAUUCAGUCUUGCGCCCCUGGUGUUCCUUGCGUUGCUGCCACCGUCACUGAGGUUGUUGUUGCCUAUACCACCGUCUGCCCCGUUUCUGCCAUUCCUACUGGUGGCGCUGGUGCCGGUGCUGUCAUCACCAAGACUGUCUGCACUGCCUGCCAAUACGUUCCUUCGGUCGUCACUGUUUACCAGUGCCCUACUGCUGGUCCCGGUGCUGGCAAGCCUACUGCCGUUACCACCAAGACCGUCCAGGUCCCCGUCCUGAACGGACCCGGUGCCAACGGCUACACCACCUCGACUGUUUACUCAACCGAGGAGCAUGUCACCACCACUUGCGGUGCCAACGGAUGCAACAAGGCCACCGUUACCGCUGUCGUCUCUCUCUACACCACCGUCUGCCCCAUCAGCUCCGGUGUUGGCCAGCCCGGCACCGUCGUUGUUCCCGGAACCACCGUUCCUGCCUCGACCAAGCCUGCUGAGACCGUUCCCGCCACCGUCGAGAAUGGAACCACCAAGCCCGCCGAGACCAUUCCUGCCACUCUUGUUCCCGGUACCACCAAGGCAUCCAGCACCGUUGUCAAGUACACUCCUACUACCAGCGGCGUUGUUACCUUCACUGGUGCCGCUACCAAGAACGGUAUGGGCUUCGCUGCCGCCAUGGCUGGUGUCGCCGCCCUUAUCCUUUAAAUUUGAGGAUCUCAUUUCACGAUGCCUUUGAUGCGUCUGGCACACAUCACUCUCCUUAACGCCGACCCCCAAAUACUUCAACUCUUCUUGAUGCUCUCUUGAGAGCUCUGAUGGCCACAUUGGAUCGUAGUAGAUCCAAAGCCUUGUAAUACCCUAACCAUUUAUUUCCUUUUGUCAUAUGUAAACUAUACUUGGAGGAUGAAAGGAAGUUUGGGAUGCAAUACCCCCCUGAUAUGUUCCCAUUUAGAAUAGUGUGCGACCGAGAUCUGCAGAAUC